AUGCGGCCUUUUUCGCUCUUGUCUUGUAGCGGGCUCCGCUGCAGCGGCUGGUCCACCGCUGCGGUGGCGGUCGCUGCUGUCGCGCCCGCAUCAGCAACAAUCAGCUACUCGACUUGUCCGAUGCGCUGGCAGUCGUCACGGCCCUACAGCCGCUUCUCUGGGGGUGGCAGGGGAGGUGGCAAUAGCUCUUGGUCGCAUGCGGGUUCUCGUGGUGCCGGCAGCCCACAAAUGCCUCCUGGCCCCCACCCAAGCACAACGAUGAACAGCACGGGUGACGGCGAGCUGAGUCUGGAGACCCGCGCCGCCCUCCGCGAUGACUCGAUUGUGAUGACAGAGGUGGUAAAGCACCUACCACCCAAGGGGACUAUUUCCGUCAAGUCUCUCUUUUCUGCCAUGGACGAGAACAUACAAGAGGCACUCAGCGAGCGGCACGGUGGACUGCGGCGCUUUCUCGAACAGCGCAAGCAGUUCUUCGUGCUACACAUCAACCCCGCAGACGGCGUUCUCUACGUAAUCGCCAACCCCAUCGUCAUUCAGCAGUACGCCACGCGCGAUGCGCAGCGCAAAACGAUGCGGCGGAUGAUGGGGCUCGACGACGGGGAUGGCCGUCAGCAGCAGCGUCGUCCGGGCGGUAGCCGCAGGAACACCCGCGGACGUGGCGGCCGUGGAGGUGGUGGGGUUGGGGGUGGGGGUGAUCGCCGGCCUCAGGGCUCCCCGUCGUCCUCGGGACCCUCACGGCCUCCGCCGCCGCCGCCGCAGUACCGUAACGAAAGCGGCAGCGGCCACUAUGGAGGCGAUGGGCGCCGUGGCCCCUCAACGCAGCGCGAUGAUCGCCGCGGAUACGAUGGCAAUAACGGAAGUCGCGGGGCCAGCGAUGGGGCACCCCGUCGAGGCGGUCCGAUGGGCAGUCGCCAUCAGUCCUUUGGUACUCGUUAG